AUGAAACGUCAAAGAGAAACUCGACUGACCCGAUGUCGCACUGGAUGCAUGCGUUGCCGUGUUCGUCGGCGAAAAUGUGAUGAAGGCAAACCGCGAUGCCGGAACUGCAUCGACCGGAACUUCCAAUGCCAAUAUGGUCCGCAAUUGACCUUUUUGACGAAGAAUGCACGUACUAUUCAGGCACCAGAUACCGAGACACCAUCUUCCAGCUAUGAGGCGAUUCGGUUCAUUACUGAAGAGACCGCAAAAGAUUGCAACCAAACUGAGGAUCAUCCGCUGGACGAAGCAUUCUCUCGGAUUGGUACAGCUCCACAACCACAACAAGCCGACCCCAACACACUUGGCGAUGCCAGAGACGAAGACGUACCAUUCUGGUCAGAGCCAGGCCCCCAUGCCGUGGAAGAACAGAAUUACACGAGUCUCAAUGACAAUGAUGAAUCGGCGGUCGCCGGAUUGUUGGCUCUCGGUAUGAAUAAACCCGAUCUGGGGCUGUCGGACUUAGAAGUUCCAUCACCAGCGAGAGGCACUCCAAUAUUACCAUCGAAUUUUUUGCCUCAAUUACCCUUCAACCCGCAAAGUAUACAACAACCACCUGAAUCGGAUCUCAAGCCAAUUUCACCCACCGAAACACAAGCCUUGCUACGGCAUUAUCGUUACGAGGUAGCCUCUUGGUUGGACAUAUGUGAUCUUGGUCAAUCAUUCGGAAUCCAAGGUCUUCAGCUUGCGAUGGUCUCAUCCCCUAUCCGCAACUCCAUCCUUGAUCUAUCCGAGACUUCUUUCCGCCAGCUUCAUCCACAGAAGCCAGCCGAAGAGAGGAGCAAGACAUCCCUUCAGCAAACCGACUCCGAUAUCCAGGCUGACAUUACAUACGUCGCACUUUUGAGAGUUAUAGAUCAAGUGAAACAUUGUAUCUCGGAUAUCAAUACUAUGUGGAACCCUGAAAGACAGUGCGAUUAUGACCUCAUGGGGGCCCUAAGUUCCCACGCGGUAGGCAGAGAUAUUAAUUCCGCGAUCUAUUGGCUGUUUUUCAGGCUUGAUCUCGCGACAGCGUUAGCGACCGAUAGCGACAUGCGCAUGCAGGCUCCCCCGUCAUUCCCGUGUUUCAGACAGGUAGAUCUUGUGACUGAUCCAUUUGAAAUGGUUUUCUUCUACGCAUGUCGCCCGCUAUGGCUCUGCGCGAGAGCGAUCCAAUUUGUGCACAAUGAAGAGGUUUCUCCUGAUCGACCCUCAUUCCAUAUAUGGAUUCAGUUGGUAGAAGAAUUGCAACAAUGGUAUCGUCAGCGGCCACGGGAAUUUGAGCCCAUGCUGGAAUUAGAGAUGGGCGAUCAGUUAGCUGGGCCAGAAGGAAAUUUCCCGGUUAUUCUCUUUGCCAAUGGAGCGGGCUUGUUUGGCAACCAGCUAUACCAUACGGCCAUGUUGAUCUUACUACACAACAGGCCUCGCACCGCACGCGUCGCUGACUUCCACUCUGUUGCCAUGUCACCGCUGUGGCACUCGCAGCGGAUAUGCAGUAUUGCUCUCCACAAUGAUCGUCGGGAGUGCUGGGAUCCAUGUCUCUUGGCAUCCUUUCUGCUGGCAGCUCAUCGGAUGACACAUGAGUCACAACAGCAUGAGGUUGUGCGUGGAUUCGAGCGAAUUCGUAUGGUGACAGGGUGGAACGUAAAUAACUGCUUGCAUAGCCUGCGAACCGAGUGGUGCCUUCUCGAUGAAACAUAG